AUGACAGACCAGACCCGUAUUACGAAGACGACACAGCGCGAAGACACGCCAAACCCCAACUCCCAGAAGUUUCAACACACGAAGACAGUAUCCAGUCUUGCGGAUGGACACCGCUACGCACUGAAGUACUUCCCCGAAGAGCUGCAAGCACUGCUGAAUAUAGCUUCACUCAAGCUCGACGAACGUAUUCCCGGUCACUUUGGCACGAUCAUAGGAUGGCAGAAAGCUUCCAAAGCAGCUACUCAACACCCACGGGUAACGAUGAAACCCCUAGAGAUCCUCUGGGACCUAGAACACCACAAGAUAGUACUGUCCGAUCCGUUUCCGUUCAGCGGGAGUACUUGGGCGAUCGUCGACAUUAAUGGCGAGGAAGCACUACCGGUAUUGCGGCGCCGGUACGAUCUUGUGAAGCCUUUCUCUACUAUGCUCACGGCAGUUGACAAUGAGCACUUGGCCUUGCUCGAGGUAUUCUUUCGCUACAACCUCCUGGUGCAGGGCUUCGACGACGCUAUUGAAGGGUUCAAGAACGAGUUUUGGCUUUGCUUCGAGAAGCUUUGUCGCCAUGUUGCGGAGCAAGCUUCGGUAGCCGAUGCGCAAGAAAAGAAGGACGGCGCAGAUGAGUCUGAGAAGACCGAGGCGUCCACACCUACUCAGAUAAAAGACGUAAACCUUGAUAGUCUCCUUAGCGAAGCCGAUACUAGCGAACAUGUACACCAAGAUAGCAGUACAGCGCCGGAGACCAAGCAGGAAACGGUGGAGGCUACCGGUGAUCAUAUUGAGGCACAGCUUGCAAAAGCGCUUGAGGAAGCAGCCGGAUGGAAAAAGGCCUAUGAGGGUGAAAAGAACUUCGUAGCAAAACUAAAGUUUGUGUUACGUAAGCACGUGGCACGGUACGAUAAGCUUGGAGCCAAGCUCAAAGAGCGAGAAGGGGAUGUAGAAGAGUGGAAAGAGAAGUAUGAAGCCUUUUGCAGAGAGACCCGGGAGUAUUAA